GUUUACUCAAAACUGAUCCGAUCUUGUCAACAAUCAUGUCGUCAGAGGGAGAUGCUGAAGAUCGUGGCACGAUGCUGGCUGCUUUGGAAGCCCAUGGGCAAGCAUUCCUACGAUCUUUUGGGCCGUCAGCCAUUCCGGUACACGGGGUCAAGAGGAAGAGAAAGGAGUCAAUAAACUCGCAUACCGAUAACGUGGAUUCUUCGAACCCGCAGCAAGGAGACGAAGACGAGUGGCAUGGAUUUGGCGAUGAUGGGCCUGACCACUAUCAGUCCAUGCCCAGCAAUGAUGCUUCUAAAAUGGAUCUACCGGCAUCAGGCCGGCCGGCCACCGAUCGACCGAAAACACCUGUUGUUGUGGACUUUUCUCACAGCAGACGACCACUUUCAAGUGCCGGCCAAGCACGAUCUGACAAGACAUUUAUGUCAUCCAAAAUAUCAAAAAUGAAGGAAGAUGUGUCUCAGCGCGGCGAUGCCACGGCCGGACAGAAUGAAGAUGAUGAGCAGCAGUUAUCAGAUCUGCGGAAUGACGCAGAAUUACACAGGAUUAUCCACACACAGCUCUUGUCCGGUUCUCUGGAUCCAAUGAUGGAUUUGAAGCCAUCCCAGAAAAAGAAGGCGAUGGCUGGUCGAGUAUUGGAGGUCGCCGGGAAAGUAAAACUCGGAGCGGGAGAAACGGAUGUGCGAAAGGAAGAGCACAACAAGGCGUCCAAGCAUAUAAGGGAAGGUAUAAGGAAGAAGCAAAAGGAAAGAGCGGCACAGGAUCUGGAGGAGGCGAAGCAAUUGGGCAAUUACCACCCGACAAUAAAACGGCUCUUCGCGGCGUCGUCACAACCUUCCGCACCGAACAAACGUGCGCGGGGUAUCGGAUCCGGAGUGGGAAAAUUUGUUGGUGGCACCUUGAAGCUCAGCCAUGCUGAGAUAGCCAGUGUACAAGGAGUGCCCUCGAAGACCAAGGGUCGGCCAGGCAAGAAUGUUCGAAGACGAUGAUAAGAUGUCUUUAUCAUGUGGUUUCAGUAGCCGAUGUCAUCUAUAUUGUCAUGUUGCCCCAUGUAUCAUGUAUUCGAACUUGACCCUUUUUGUCUUCCUUAAUUGCCAAAAGCGGACACAGAUACCUAGUUGAG